AUUUGCUUUGACAGCAAACCCCGGAUUAUCAGCAAAGGGACCAAGGACACACCAUCUGUCUGCUCCAACCUUUCUGCCAAACACAGUUUCCAUGACAACAAGUGUCUGGUCCACAUCGUGCGUUCCACCUCCCUGAAAUACUCCAAGAUCCGCCAGUUCCAGGAGCACUUCCAGUUCGACGUGUGUCGACAUGAGGUGCGUUAUGGCUGCCUGCGUGAGGACAGCUGCCACUUCGCUCAUAGUUUCAUCGAGCUCAAGGUCUGGCUGCUGCAGCAAUAUUCAGGAAUGACCCAUGAAGAUAUUGUGCAGGAAUCGAAGAAGUACUGGCAGCAGUUGGAGGCACAUGCCAGCAAACCAGCCAACAGCAUGGCUUCUCCCCGGGCUCCCACAUCAAGCACCUUUGACCUCCAGAUGAAAUUUGUGUGUGGCCAGUGCUGGAGGAAUGGGCAGCUGGUGGAGCCAGAUAAAGACCUCAAGUACUGUAGUGCCAAAGCCCGCCACUGUUGGACGAAGGAACGUCGUGUCCUGCUGGUGAUGUCCAAAGCAAAGAAGAAGUGGGUGUCUGUCCGACCACUGCCUUCCAUCCGCAACUUCCCACAGCAAUAUGAUUUGUGUAUCCAUGCACAAAAUGGCAGGAAAUGCCAGUAUGUGGGCAACUGCUCCUUCGCCCACAGCCCUGAGGAGAGAGACAUGUGGACCUUCAUGAAGGAAAAUAAAAUACUAGAUAUGCAGCAGACCUAUGACAUGUGGCUAAAGAAACACAAUCCUGGGAAGCCUGGAGAGGGGACACCACUCACCUCGCGAGAAGGGGAGAAACAGAUCCAGAUGCCCACCGACUACGCUGACAUCAUGAUGGGCUACCACUGCUGGCUCUGCGGGAAGAACAGCAACAGCAAGAAGCAAUGGCAGCAGCACAUCCAGUCGGAGAAGCACAAGGAGAAGGUCUUCACCUCGGACAGUGACUCCAGCUGCUGGAGCUACCGCUUCCCCAUGGGCGAGUUCCGGCUCUGUGAAAGGUUCCAGAAGAGCAAGGCCUGCCCCGAAGGAGAGGAGUGUCGCUAUGCCCACGGCCAGGACGAGCUGACGGAGUGGCUAGACCGGAGGGAGGUGCUGAAACAGAAACUGGCCAAAGCCCGCAAGGACAUGCUGCUCUGCCCCAGGGAUGACGACUUUGGGAAAUACAACUUCCUAUUGCGGGAUGGCGUAUAG